GCGACUUCUCACCAAACCACGAUGUCAGGCUUUGAUAAGGGCGCGAUUUACACGACGGCUGUAUUGCCAGCUGACGCGAACUCUUCCGAUAGAGCUCCUUCUUCCUUGGAGAGAGACUUCAGUAGCUUUAUCAACAACUUCAGACUGGGCGACGACUUUAUAUACAGAGAUAACCUCAGAUCGAGUUUGUUAGCAAAGGUUUACGCGUUGGAGGUCUCUAUAAACCAUUUACUGCUCUACAAUGAAGAUCUCGGUUACUUACUCUCGCAAAAACCAGCUGAUUUACUUCCUAUUCUCGAAGUUGCAGUCACUAGAAUCGCCAAAACAUUAGUAAAUCCAUUACAAUCUGAUACAGAUAGUAUACAUAUACCAACUAUACAAAUAUCCUUAAAAUCUCAAUCAAAUUUAGUUCAUUUUAGGGAUCUAAACGCUGACACGGUAUCGAAAUUAGUCAGAAUACCUGGUAUCGUUAUAAGCGCGUCAACUCUCUCAAGUAGGGCUAUAAACCUUCACAUUAUGUGUAGAAGUUGUAGAAGUACAAAGAAUUUAAACGUUAGUGGUGGUUGGGGUACAAUAAACUUACCACGCAAGUGUGAUGCUGAAGUACCAGCUGGACAACCCAAGGAAUGUCCAAUUGAUCCAUACACGAUUGUUCACGAUAAGUGCAAGUAUAUCGAUCAACAGACUGUCAAAUUGCAAGAAGCACCGGAUAUGGUACCAGUUGGUGAACUUCCUCGUCAUUUACUCUUAAAUUUGGACAGAUACUUAACCGCGAAAGUAGUACCAGGUUCUCGGGUUAUUGCUACCGGUAUUUACUCAACUUUCCAAGCUUCGAAGCAGAAGGGACAGGCACCUGCACUUCGUCAGCCAUACAUUCGUGUCGUUGGCCUUGAAGUAGAUUCAGCUCACGCUACAUCCGGCGCAGGAGGCCGUGGAAAGUCAUUUACACCAGAGGAGGAAGAGGAAUUCUCAAAGCUUUCUCAAUUUCCAAACCUUUAUGAACGUUUCGCAAGCAGCAUUGCACCAUCUAUUUACGGUAAUCUAGAUAUUAAGAAGGCAGUCGCUUGUCUCUUGUUCGGAGGUAGUAAGAAGAUUCUACCAGAUGGAAUGAGAUUGAGAGGUGAUAUAAACGUCUUACUUUUAGGUGAUCCAGGUACUGCCAAAUCCCAACUUUUGAAAUUCGUAGAGAAAGUAUCACCAAUAGCUGUAUACACUUCUGGUAAAGGUUCCUCGGCUGCUGGUUUAACAGCUUCUGUUCAACGUGAUACAGUUUCUAGAGAUUUCUACCUCGAGGGUGGUGCUAUGGUACUUGCAGAUGGUGGUGUCGUCUGUAUUGAUGAGUUUGACAAAAUGAGAGAUGAAGAUAGAGUUGCAAUUCACGAGGCUAUGGAACAACAAACUAUAUCCAUCGCUAAAGCCGGUAUUACUACUAUUUUGAACAGUAGGACGUCCGUUUUGGCAGCUGCUAAUCCAAUUUUCGGUAGAUACGACGAUAUGAAGAGUCCAGGCGAGAAUAUUGACUUCCAGACGACGAUUUUGUCGAGAUUUGACAUGAUUUUCAUUGUCAAGGAUGAACACAACGAGAGCAGAGAUAGGACGAUAGCUAAGCACGUCAUGAACCUGCACGCCGGACGUCAAAAUGAGGAAAGUAGCGCGGGUAGUGAAAUUGAUCUUGACAAGAUGAAACGCUAUGUUAUGUUUUGCAAGAGUCGCUGCGCACCAAGGUUGUCUAACGAAGCAUCUGAAAAACUCUCAUCUCACUUUGUUUCACUUAGGAAAGAAGUACAACAAGUUGAGAAAGAUAAUGAUGAGAGAUCAUCCAUCCCAAUCACAGUCCGUCAAUUAGAAGCUAUUAUACGUAUAUCCGAGUCAUUGGCAAAGAUGAGACUCUCCACGCAAGUCCAUGAGCAUGAUGUCGAGGAAGCUAUAAGACUUUUCAAAUUCUCUACCAUGGAUGCUGUAUCAGCAGGUAAUGUCGAAGGUAUGACACGCGGAGAGUUAAUGGAUGAAGUACACAAAAUUGAACGUGAAGUUCGUCGCAGAUUACCAAUCGGUUGGUCGACUUCCUAUAGCACUCUCGUUCGUGAAUUCUGUUCUCAGCAAGGAUUCUCUCAACAUGCACUUGAAAGGACACUUUUCAUUCUUGACAAGAAGGAAGUCAUCAGGUUUAGCAAUCAGAAGAAAGUAGUUAUCCGUACUGGUGUGUAA